AAUGUUAAAAAUUUCCAGUAAUCAGGUGGAUACGCGCCAGUUCAGUUUAUCUUCUCUAAUAGAAAUCCGAACCGCGAUCUCUUGAUUUGCGUUUUCUUUCUCGGUUUUAAUUAAAUAUGUACAGAGAAUACGAAAACGGAAAAUUUAUGAAUUUUCACUAUAAUUCGCCGCGGCCUCCGGAGUAUUUAAAAAAGUUUACCACUGUGAAUAUGUUGACAUAUAGGUUAAAAGCCAUUCUGAGAAAUUUGGAAAUUUGGCAGACUACCUUCAAAUCAACAUCAUGCCAGACGAUGAUGUAUUAUAUAUCCACGACACUUUGCACCAUGUCCAUGGCAUUAGGAUUAGGAAAUUUGUACAGAUUGCCACAAACGACAAUGAUACGUGGUGGACUACCAUUUUUAAUAGCACAUUUAAUAUUAACUAUUUUUAUUGGACUGCCACUUCUUUUCCUUGAGUUAGGAAUUGGACAGCUUGCGCAGGAGGGGUUUAUUAAAUCUUGGAGGGUGGUACCAUUCUUUAGAGGAAUUGGAUAUGUAAAAUUUUUGGCUGGCUACAUGCUAAGUAUUUACUAUCCAUUAUAUAUGGGAAUAUCACUCUAUUUUGUAAUUUGGAUCGCGAAAGGAUCGAUACCUCUAGCGGAAUGUUCCAGCGGAGUGAAAAUUACAGAGGAUGGAUACUCACAUUAUGGCAAGGACGGACAAAAGUGUCUAAGGUCCACAUUCUUAAAGUCAGCCUUUGAAGACCCCUAUUGGUUUGGGAUAUUCGCUUCGAUAUUAUUUGCCAUAUGGGCAAUAACUGCCCUGCUGACAAUAAGCAAGACAAAAAGCUUUAUCAGAUCACUAGUUUUAUUAAUUUUCCCCACUUUAGCUUGUCUCAUAGCGCUCUUUGUGAAGUCAAUGAUGUAUGAUUCUGAAUUAAUAUACUUUUAUACCAAAGCGACUGGAGUUUACUGGAAAGUGCUAAUGACUGCUAUUGGAUAUUGUACAAUAAACAUUAUUUUUGGUAUUGGUUCGACUAUUAUCUCCCAAUCUUUAGCACAUCACACAAAUGUAAAUAUAACAGCAAAUAAGGAUGACAUAGCAGAACUGAUGCUAGUCUCCGUCAUUUACGAUAUUGGUAGUGCAAGUACUGCCGCUGACAAAAAAUUAUGGAUAAUUGUUAUAUUUACUUUAUUUAUAUUAUCUGGAUUUAUAACUAUGGCAACAAUGACCUAUACAUUACUGAAAGCCAUAACUGUCGGAAGUAGAGCAAGACUGAGUUGGUGGCAAGCCAGUAUUCUUCUAAGUGCUUCUGGAUUUAUCUUCGGAUGCGCAAUUUUACUUAAAGAAGACUUUGACAUCGUUCAUCUACUAGAUCACUACAUCGUCGGAAAUCUCAUCCUGAUAACAGCAAUUUUAGAAGUAUUAACAUUACUAGCAUUUUAUGGAACUGUUUCACUAACAAAUGCGGCGGAUUGGGUUGUACCGAAGACGUCCUCUAUUGAGGACAAAGAAGCAGCUGAAAGACAUUUACAGUUUAGAGGAAUUACUUGGGGAAUAAGGCCAUUUAUAUCGUGGAUUAGAAAAAAUUUUAACAAUGUUUCGAUAAUGAUAACUGAAAAUGGAAAAGGUUCUACUGAUGCAGGCCUCCAAGAUCAUUACCGAAUAGAUUUCAUGCAGAAAAUAUUUAGUUCUAUUAGAGAUUCUAUGGAAAUUGACAAUGCGACUGUUCUUGGAUACACGUUUUGGUCCCUUUAUGAUGGUUUCGAAGUACAAUAUGGAUAUAAGACAAUAAGCAAGACAAAAAGCUUUAUCAGAUCACUAGUUUUAUUAAUUUUCCCCACUUUAGCUUGUCUCAUAGCGCUCUUUGUGAAGUCAAUGAUGUAUGAUUCUGAAUUAAUAUACUUUUAUACCAAAGCCGACUGGAGUUUACUGGAAAGUGCUAAUGUAUGGUAUUAUGCAGCUAUUCAAGUAUUUUUCUCGUCCACUGUUGGUUUUGGUUCAUUUGUUACAAAUGCUGGAAUCAUUUACAAUAAAGUCAAUCCAUUUUGGACUGCUAUUGGAUAUUGUACCAUAAACAUUAUUUUUGGUAUUGGUUCGACUAUUAUCUCCCAAUCUUUAGCGCAUCACACAAAUGUAAAUAUAACAGCAAAUAAGGAUGACAUAGCAGAAGUGAUGCUAGUUUCCGUCAUUUACGAUAUUGGUAGCGCAAGUACUGCCGCUGACAAAAAAUUAUGGAUAAUUGUCAUAUUUACUUUAUUUAUAUUAUCUGGAUUUAUAACUAUGAGAUUUAAAACGUCAUUCAAGCCCUCAAAGAACUGGGGACCAAAGGACCCAAUAAGCCGACACAAUUGGGUCCAAUGGAACAGCAAAGCUCAAUCUGGCGAAAGAGAUUUUACAUUAAAAAGAAAAGGUACAAAAGACUACACCAAAUCCAUAAAACGAACCAAGAAGCUAGCUGUAGCUGAAGCUUUCAAAGAAAAGGAGGAGAAACUUGAAAAGCAAAGCACCAAUACAAGCAAUGGUACUAACAUUUAUUCUGAACUAAACGAAUCCAACAACAUACAUAAAAAACCCCAUCAGAAUGAAAGACCUCCAUAUAGAGUUGUUUCUCUUUCUGAUGCAAAUUUUAUUCAGUUCAAUGGGAGAAAAAAUCCAUUGGCAAGAAGAGAAGUAGUUUCGAUGCCUGAUGAAUAUGGAACUUUUCGAAGAGGUCCUUAUGUUAUAGAAGAUGAACAGGUCGACCAUGUAUGUUUUAGAAAAAUAAGUGAUCAUGAAGAUGCCACAGAAUUAUAGUUGUAUUUAUAUUUUGUAUAAUAAAAUUUUAUAUUUUU